ACCUUUCAGCCCAAGAUGGCGGCGCCGGUGGCGAGGCGGGUUCUCGGCGUUGCCACGUUUAAAUGCGGCCUGCAGCGGUUCAGCGGCGAGGCCAGAUCUGUCCCCAAGAUUGCCGACCGAGUCUUCUCUGGGAUUCAGCCGACUGGUGUGCCUCACCUGGGAAACUAUCUGGGAGCCAUUGAGAGCUGGGUGAGGCUGCAGGACGGGUACAGCUGCGUUCUCUACAGUAUCGUGGAUCUGCACUCCAUCACGGUUCCUCAGGACGCCAGCACGCUCAGGCACAACAUUCUCGACAUGACAGCCAGUCUCCUGGCAUGCGGCAUCGACCCUGAGCGAUCAGUCCUCUUCCAACAAUCCAAGAUUUCGGAACACACUGAAUUAGCUUGGAUCUUGGGUUGUCUGACCAGCUUGCCACGAUUGCGUCAUUUGCCUCAAUGGAAGAUGAAAGCCUCUGGUCAGAAGGAAGAAGGCAGUUUGGGUCUGUUUUCGUAUCCAGUCCUGCAGGCUGCAGAUAUUCUGUUAUACAAAGCGACCCACGUACCUGUUGGCGAGGAUCAGAUACAGCACCUGGAAUUGGCACAGGAUAUAGCCCGGAUCUUCAAUAACCAAUAUGGAGGCUCCUUCCCUGUACCAAAAGCUAUUCUAAGUGACACUAAGAAAAUUAAAUCGCUGAGAAACCCUGCCUCAAAGAUGUCAAAGUCAGACCCUCAAAGGUUAGCGACGGUGUACGUCACUGAUUCAGCAGAGGAGAUAUUAUUGAAGUUUCGCAAAGCAGUGACAGACUUCACCUCUGAAGUGACGUAUGACCCGGACACGCGCCCGGGAGUAUCGAACCUGGUAGCGGUGCACACGGCAGUGACCGGAAAGACCAUCCAGGAGGUUGUACAACAAAGCAAAGGGCUGGACACUGCACGCUACAAGUGUGUGGUGGCUGAGGCAGUCAUUGAGAAGUUUGCUCCAAUUAAGAACAAAAUUGAGAGACUGAGAGCAGACCGAGGUUUCCUCGAACAGGUUUUGCAUCGUGGAGCUGAAAAGGCAAAAGAGCUCGCUCACCCAUUUUACCAUGAGAUCCAAAAGCUGGUCGGCUUCAGCUAGUCCACUCUGUGACUACUCCAGCAUUAUGGCCAAUACUGUUUGCACUGGGUGCCUGGUGGAAGAUGUAAUCAAGUUGUUCAGAAUGGGUGCUCAGCAAUCAUGUAACGUACAUGAUUAUUCAUGUUCUCUUCACCCCACCCUGCUCUCUGCAACUUAAAACAGCUUCUGAUUUCUCACUCUUCCUAUUACUGACGAGGCCAUCAACCUGAAAGGACACAAAGUGCUGGAGUAACUGAGCAGGUCUGGCAA